UAUUUUUGCAAUUCAAACCGAGGACUUGAGUAUAGGGUUUUACAGAGGGACAAUCACACUCCUCCGAUAGAGAGCAAAAAUGUGGAGACCUGCAGUUCUGGCAAGGAAAGCAUUUUCCAGAAAAUUUAUAGCAAAUCAAAGCUUCAAUGGCUUCCAAAAUCACACCUUUGUUCUUCCUCAGGUACUCGACAAACAAGCUAUAGCUCCACUAAAUUCAGCUGAAUCUCCAUUUCGUUAUUAUUCUCAUUGGGUCUCUACCAAAUCUUGUUCACACGAAAUAAAACGGCUUUUUUCAUCAAACCCAUCUUCAGAUUCCGAAUCUGUAGGUUCUGAACCUAUUAAAAAUGAUAAAGAUACUGCCUUUAUAGACAAUAUUGAAGCUGUUUCAUCUGAGUCCAAUGAAGGGUCCACUGUGUUUGAUGAAAUUAAGGAUAAUAUAGCAGCUGAAAAUAUUUCUGAUUUUGGAGAAAAUGAAGUUGUAGAAGAAGAAUUAGACUUGGAAAAAUUGGAGAGUGUGUUGUCUUUGUUACAAAGUAGUGGUAAUCUUGAUAGAUCUAUUGAGUCUAGUCUUGAGGAAAUUGAGUUGUCUUUGAAUGAGGAGUUUGUUGUUAGAGUGCUUGAAACACCUUAUGUUCCUGGUGAGAAUUUGAUAUCUUUUUUCAAAUGGGGUUUGAAGAAACCCGAGUUUUCGGUAACGAAAAAGGUAGUUGAAUUGUUGGUUACUGCAGUCUGUAUUGAAGGUAGGAAUGUUUAUGCUUUGUGGGAUUUGGUGAAGGAGGUCGGAGAAAAGGAGAAAGGGAUCUUGAGUGCUGAGAUUCUUAAUGAAUUGAUUGCUUUAUUGUCAAGAUUGGGUAAAGGAAAGGCUGCAUUUGAGAUCUUUAAUAAGUUUGGGGAAUUGGAUUGUGUUCCAAAUGCUCAUACGUACUAUUUUACCAUUGAAGCACUUUGUAGGCGUUCCAUAUAUGAUUGGGCUUCUACUGUUUGUGAGAAGAUGCUAAAUGCUGAUAUGUUGCCGGGUGCUGAGAAAGUAGGAAAAAUUGUUUCUUUUUUGUGUAAAGGAAAUAAGUCUAAGGAUGCACAUCUGGUUUACUUGUUGGCGAAGGAGAAGAAUAUUAAUCUGCCUGUUUCUUCUAUUAAGCUGUUGAUCAGCUCGCUUUGUCGCAAAGAUGAAAGCGUUAGAUUUGCAUUAGAGAUGUUGGAGGAUUUCCCUAAAGAGGAGCGUAAGCGUGCCAUUAAGUCAUUCUCAUAUGUCAUUCAAGGGUUGUGCAGGGCAAAAGAUGUAACAGGGGAAAAGCAAUUGCGCUCUUAUUGCAGCGAAGACAUCGAAGACGCCAAAAACUUGCUCCUGAAAAUGAUAGAUGCAGAUCCGCCACCUGGCAACGCAGUCUUCAAUACAGUUAUCAGCGCGCUCUCCAAGAGUGGAGAAAUGGGAGAAGCUAAGAAACUGAUGAAUGUGAUGGAGGGUAGAGGUUUGAAACCCGAUGUGUACACUUACAGUGUCAUUAUGAGCGGUUAUACAAAGGGUGGUGAGAUGGAUGAAGCUCGUAAAGUUUUGGAUGCAGCCAAAAAGAAGCACGCCAAGUUAAGUCCUGUCACUUAUCACACAGUUAUUCGGGGUUAUUGCAAGCUUGAACAGUAUGAGAAGGCUGUGGAACUAUUGGGAGAGAUGAAGGAGUACGGAGUUCAGCCUAAUGCUGAUGAAUAUAACAAACUUAUUCAAUCUCUUUGCCUUAAGGCUUUAGAUUGGACAACAGCGGAGAAGCUGCUGGAGGAGAUGAAGGAGAACGGGUUGCAUCUAAAUGCAAUCACAAAGGGUCUCGUAAGAGCAGUUAAGGAGUUAGAACAUGAAGAAGUAGGAACAAAUGAAGUACUUUCUGCAGCGUAGUAGGAGUGCCAUGAUGCUAUUGAGUAACCCAAAUGUGGGUUUACUUAGUUGGAGGAAUCUGCUGACUGAACUUCUUUGGAUCACGCGUGGAAAUCAAAUUACGUAGAUAGCUUCGAAGCUGCAUUUUCAUCUUGUUGUAGGUUACAGCUGGAUGUUUUUAAUAGCUUCCUUCCAAAAGAAGUAUUUUAUAUUCUUUGCACUGGAGAACUUGUAUGCGCAUAUUGUAUUGGUUCCCUAUAGUGUAGUAGUAUACCUAUAUGUUUCCAGUAGGAA